UCGUCUCUCAGCGGACACGCUCGCGUUCGUGUUGCUUGCUUGCUUUCUGCUUGUGGCGGCGCACUCGCUCGAAAGGCGUGCGGAGUCAUCGCACGGUAAAGAGAGUCGGUGGCGUGUAGGCCGCGGCCCGAAGCGAGGAGGGCUCGCUCCGCCGUCUCGACGCGACACGCGAGUGCGUUGACAGCUCGGCUGCGGUAGCAGACGACGGACGGGGAGACGAGCGGAGCAGACGACGCGCAAGCCGCCAGCGAACGGCGAGGACGGGAGGGUGCGGUUGUUUGGGGCUGGUGGGUGGCAGGCGGGGAAAAUCGGUGGCGGGUGUGACGACGGAGGACGGUGGUGCGGUGGGGGUGCGCAGGAUUCUUCCCAAGGUUGCCGUGCGUGCGCGACAGAUUCGGCAUCAGCGUCCACGGCGCGGCAACGGCUUGCCCCUGUGCGCCCGUGUUUCUCUCCUGCGACGAGACCGGAGAACCGCUGGCGGCGCGCCGGUGCCGCGGCGGGGAGCUGCAUCAGCAGCAGCUGGGCGCGGCGGCAGCAUCAUCCGUGGAGGGGGCAGCAGGAUGGGGUUUGUCCCGCUCCUGUUGCCGGCGCUGCUCGCCGUAGCGGCAGCGGCGUCGGCGGCCGGCUUGGACGGGUUCGACUGGGCCGGGCGGCUGGCGCAGCCCACCUGCCUCGAGAUACCGGCCAACCUGACGCUGUGUCGCGGCAUCGGCUACACGCGCAUGCGACUGCCCAACCUGCUCGAACACGACAGCAUGGCGGAGGUUCAACAGCAGGCGCGCUCCUGGGUGCAGCUGGUGAACCGGCGCUGCCACCCGGACACUCAGCUCUUCCUCUGCUCGCUCUUCUCGCCCGUUUGUCUGGAGCGGCCCAUCUUUCCCUGCCGAAGCCUGUGCGAGGCAGUGCGCAGGGGAUGCGAGUCCACCAUGGCACACUACGGCUAUCCGUGGCCAGACAUGGUCCGCUGCGACAAGUUUCCCCUGGACAAUGACAUGUGCAUCGGUGUGCAGAGCGCCGCUGCAGCCAGCGAGGCCUCGGCGUCGGUCGCCUGCAGGGCUUGCCAACAGGCCAACACGACGGAGUCGCUCGUGGACAACUACUGCCGCGCCGACUUCGUGGUGCGUGCCCGGGUGAAGCGCCUUCAGGGGUCUCAGCUGCAGUGCAAGCGCUCAAAGCUGCUCAAGCUGCGCCAGGGCCUGCCACGACGUCAGCUUCGACGCCCUGUCCUCAAGGCACCCGACUUUGAGCGCUGCUGCGGCCCUCUCAAGGGACAGCUGCUGCUCAUGGGGCUGCGUGCCGAGAAUGGUAGCCUGGCUCCCUUGCUCAUCAUGCCCUGGCGCCGCACCACGGCCUUCCGCAAGGCCCUGCGGCUCAUGCGCGGAGUCGACUGUGCCAACCCGCUACAGCACUAGUCUGUCUUGGAAGGAAGGAAGGCUGGCUGGUGCCACGUUUCCCUUCGGACGUGCAGCCGAAGAACGUCCUGUCUAUGGUGGCCUGGACCAUGGGGCAGCACGUUUCUCUCUUGCUAGAGGGUAGCCAGCGCGGCAAACGAAGCAGAUGUGUACUUCCUGGCAUGUCUCUGUCGAGGGUACAUGAAACUAAAUGCUUGUUUAAUUUGCCUGCGACAGCAGAAGUAAGGUCAUGUCCGAGGAGGAAGGUAGACAGGCGUGCCGACUCUCCUGUCAUGCGGACCAUUUUGCACUUUAUCGAAGUUCUGCAACAACAGCACGUGCAUAGCAUUCUACUUUUCUACUGCUUCCUUUUCCUUGCACAUCCUUAGCGCUCUUUUCUUCCUGUCUUUCUUCUGUAGCCGUGAACAUUAAAUAUGCGUGUCUCCAUGUGAGAAAGGCAAGAAGUAAAAGUAUCAACCCCCUGACCAGCAUAUGAGAAGGAAAGUUGCCAAAUCGAACGUGUCAGUGUUGUGAAGCUAUGUUGGCGUUUGGUGUUGUGCGUCUUCAUAGGAAAUGUUGUGUCAUUGUAGCCUGUUCCGUACUACUAUUUGUCAUCUGAUGAAAAAUGUAGGUGCAUUUGGUACAUCUCUGCGCUUUGAAAAAGCAGGACAUGGUGCAAGACUGCAGAUUUCAUGCUGCACAGCUGAUGCUGGACACAAGUGAUAAGCUUCUGCCAUCUAUGCUUCAUCGACAAAGUAUGGCUGGCUAUGACAUUAGCAUCAAUGCCUUGUCAGGAGAACAGACGCUUGUGUGUAUUGCUCCGUGAUUGUACUGAUCAAUCAGUUUUCAAAAUAUUGCUUUCCAUUUUCUCUGACUGGCUACAUGGGGGAGCAGAUGUGAACAAAGAAAUGGGUAGACACCUUUUCUGUCAGCUUGUUUUUAUGUGACAUAUCUAGUGUUUGUGCUGACAGGUUGCGUUGCUGACAUUAUCAUGCGAACAAAUGGCUCUUGCUGCAGUAAGCUGCAGCACUGAUAUUCCACUCAAAUCUAAAUGUUACCCCUCAAGCGGCCGGUUAACCAUAUUACUCCUGCACUCUCAAAGAUGUCACACCCUGUCGGGUACACUUUUCUUCUAUGGCAGUAACUGUCAUUGCUAUGAACAUUUCCUAUUUCUAGUUCUGUUUACCUCACAGGGGUCGCACAGUCCUGGUGAAAAAGCUGUGCAUCCUUAGCUGAAAACUAUAAACGUGUCUGAAAUAUAUUUCUGCUGAUGUGGUUGAAACCCAGUGUUCUCAUUUAGCAAACUUGUUAAAUCUAGGAGCAUUUUCUGUAAUGGCAAAAAUAUGCUUUCAGCAAAUUUGCAAAAAAUGGUUAUCCUGUUCUAGUGGGUGUUAAAUGAUGCUUCAGUGUAAUGAUUGGGAGGGGGGGGGGGGGAAGUGCAAAAAAAAAGAAAAAAGGCAGCUGUACUUUUAGUGCCUGUCUUUGUAAACAUUUCUGGCAAAUUUUAUUUCGUAAGAUGGAAUAUUUUCUCAAAGGCACCUAACAAGCGCUUUUCUAUUAAUGUAACCAAACACUGCCAUAGAAAUUUAUACAUCUUAGAAGUGCCUUUCCAAUAUUCGCUGCAUUGCUGUCAUUAUAAUUGAUAGCUUUGCUGUUAAAAGAAGUCUGAUAAGUGCAUUCGAAAUUAAUUUGCUUAGCAUAUUUCGAGGACUUUUUCUAGCCAAUUUAUCAUACCAUUUUAGCAUUGUAUUUGCAAAGCAAAAUGGCAACACUCGAGGUUUUGCAUAUUAGUGUGCAACAGCAGUGUUUACAAGGUGACUACGGAUUUUAUUUCUGGGUGUAUGUAAUUGCAGCUGUAGCACUAUGGUAUACUUCAAUUACCUUUCUUUUUAGUCGCACUGUCAUGGACAUAUGAAACACUAGCAGGAAAGUAUAAAGUAGAACAGCUCUCACAAGUAAUAACUCGAGAGAGAGUGCGGUUUCGCGCCGCUGUAUACCUGGUUGCCGAGGGUGGUGUAGGCUCCAAGCUAGCCGUACAAGCUGAAAUUGUGCCGACAUCAAAGUGGCAAAAGCGGAAACGAGAGAACGCGUUCCAGUUAGCCCUUACUUGUUCGUGUUCUAUUUGUCCAUGACAGUACAUGCCCGAGUACAUGCAUGUGCAUUUAUUGAAACAAAAAAAGAAAAAAGAAAAAAAAAAGCAAUUUUUGUUUUCCGUUUUUUGUUUGCAAGGCGAGCGAUACCAGACAGACACAUGUGUAUUCAUUCUUGCAUGCUGUUGAAAGUGAAAGCACAUCUUUUAUAUGUAGAGUUAUUCUUUAUAUCAUAACUUCUGCCUCGUGUUUUAUCCAUAGCAGUGCAAGUUUUCUACUCUGUUGUGAAUGAGUCCGGCUUCUGACUUUCCUAAUGAUGAACUAUGAUGUCUGGGUUGAUGGAAUGUAAUUAGAAAGAUAAUGCACUGUUGUGCAUUGCAAUGGGCCCAACAAAUUUCCCCGCAAACUGUAAUCAAAAUUCUUGUCCUUUGGUGCCGCAGCAUGUCAGUAUAGAGACUGCAUGCUAUGGCAUUCGGCUGAAACUGAAAUACAAUACAACUGAUUUGUUUAAGUUGAUAGUAUUUUUCCCUCGGCUACUUUCUAAUUUUCUUUGUACUGAAGCCUCCUUGGGAGAGCUUUGGCCAACUUUCAUGUCAGAAAGUAAUUCUAUUAAUGUGUUUUAUCAUGCAUUGCAAUAUAGUCAUUUGUGAAUUGAAAGCCUGCAAAGUUUGUCUUCUAAUUAUAUUGCAGGCAAAUCCUAAUUGCAUGCUUGUCGAUCACUCACAUCGGCACUAAAUGUCUGUCACCACUAUUUGCAAGCACAUUUGCUGGGUUACGUAACAUCAAAACUUUCCUUACUGUGCCUUGUGUGCAAGAUUUAAUUUCAUCCACGAAUGGGUAUUCAGGCUGUUUGUGUUCCUACACAAGAAAUAAUAGUUGCAGUGUAUAUUUCGUAUGCGUUAGCGUAUUUCAGUGGUGACGUCAAAAAGUUUUAACUGGGGAAAAUUGGUGGAGCAAUGCAUUUAUUGUCAUUUUUAUCCGUGUUUCAUUUUGAAUCAGGCUUCUCAAAACAAGGCAAAAUUGAUGUUUGGUAUAGUUUUAACAAAUAACAAAUGUUACUGAACGCAAGCCCCAGUGAAUUUCAAGUUAAACUUUGUGGACCCUGCUUGCUGAGGAUUAAAAGAAAAAGAAAUUUGCAUUGAGGUGGAAUGAACUGAGAAGUUAUUUGGGAAAGAAAACCUUUCCUUGGGCACCCUAUUUCUUUGUGUAUAUUUUUUUCUUGCGCUGUGAUUCCCAGUUAACUUUUUGUGGCUGGCCAACUUGAUGUUAAGGACAUACCAGACUCUGCUUGGCCUUGAGUAAAGCUAAACAAAAAGCAAGAACCCCAACUUCAUAAACUCGAUACAUGCCAUUAAAAAUGGACGCUGCAAAUUUGACAUCACAGUAGUUUUUUAGGUACAGCAUGCUAACUUGGCACCAUCGAUUUGAGCAGCUUUCCGAGAUGCGAGGAGCUAGAAAAAAAAAAAAAGAAACAUGUAAGAGCUUAGUAGUUUAGCAGUAGAAAAAGCAGCCAUGAAACCCAUGUGCCUUUUUCUGACAACUGCCUCUUGCGAAUUGUAAACUGCGUUCAUACUUGUGCACAGCAACAGUGAACAUGUCACCAGCAUGUCAGACAGCAUGCCAGGCUUGUGCACAAUUAUUACUCACCAACUUGCGAGCUGCACAAGAGCUUUUUAAACCUGCAAGCAAUUCAAGAGGCUUCGUAGUGUCACAUUAGCUGUUUCUUCUUAAGUCUUUUGUGACAGCGUACAUGGAACUUUUCGUGUUAUGUUUACUGAUCUUGAUCUACUACAGUGGCUGCGGCGUUUUACAGCAGUGCACUAGAUCGCACGUUCGAUUUUCUGAAAUUUAAAAACUUUACUGUAGCCCUCAUGUGUGACUAGCAGGUUGUGCUGAAGUGAUUUAAAUGUGUAAGUCUUUGUUAGUGAAGUGACAUGGCCAAAAGUAUGUCUUGUUUAACUAGAUGUAGCCGCUGGGGGAGUGAUAUUGUCUCAACCUUUCCCACUUUUGAAUACUACUUAACUAGCAGAUAACUGGUGUGUUUGUAGCCUGUUGUAUGUGAAUAGUGAACUGUCUUGUGCCCUCUUUGUCCAACAUUCAUUUAUAUUUUGCAUUUAAGAUUUUUUUUCUUCCUACUGCUUAUAGUUGCUUGUGUUCAUAGAUGCAAGAAUGAAAGCUUCUCUCGGAGUUCUGCAUUUUUACAUGAAGCUUCAGGAUCUUCUAAUCCAUUUUGCACAUGAGAUCCCCACUGAAGUGCGCAUUUGAUGUCCGAGAUCUUCCAAUGUCAUCAGUGCCAUAUUACACAAUGUAGUGUUAUUUUAGAUGCAAGGCUAUGUAUAAACAGGUGAAGCUUUAAUAGAUGUUCUUCUUUAGAAGUUUUUUUUUUCUUCUAUUCUUUCAUGGCAAUGAAAGAUAGUUGCAGGUGUUGUACCAACUUUUUUGCUGGACAUAGUCUACCAUUGCCAAAUUUUGAUCGAUUGAAAGGCACAUUGUUUUGUUAGGUAGCCUUAGUAUGCAUUCACUUGAUCUCUAGCUAUGUGCGGUCAGUGCUGUGUGUGUGGGGAUUACUCCAAGCCAACCAAGUUCUUAAUAGGCAGGUUAAGUAGGAGAACUCAAGUUGAUAUUCACUUGAGGUUGGGUGCUUUGCACUGGUUCUGGUUUGUCAUGACCAGCUUUGCCCUUUGCGUCAUGUCGAAGGCAGAUAAUGUUAACAGCUUUUUGUCAAUUAGAGAUUUGUCAUUUCAGCAGUGGCAACCCACAAUCUUUAAAGGGACACUGAAAAAAAUGCUUAUUGUUAAGCUCAAAUGGUACACAAAACAUCUUGAAUAUCAAAUGUAGCAAUUCUCACUGUGUGCAAGAACUGGGUAAACCAGAAAGGAUGUGGGAAAUAAAGACCCGAAAAUUCCCUCACUCACUCUCAUGGACAUCACAGAUGGUGAUAUCAUUUGCUCGAAGCCAGUUAAUUAUUAGUAAAGGAUUAUUUCAGGGCAUUCAGAAGUAUGCAGUGAUUUAGCUUAAGAGCUUUUGGAAACUUUUGCUGGGCAAGAACAGCCCAAAAUGCAAAAAUGCCAUUAUAUCUCUGAUGACCUAUCGAUGUCAUUUUGUUCCAUGGUUUGUGUGUGAACUAUAAUUUUCAUUGCUGAUAUUUGACCUUUUUCUACCAAGUACUAUAUGCAAUUUGAGUUGAAAGUAUACUUUAGCAGUCUAAAUUGAUUUAUUUGGUCUCUAGCAUCCAUAACAGCCAAAGGUGCCAUAACAGUGCCAAGUUCUUUUUUUUUUUUUUGACUAGCUGUAGAAGUGUUUGUACUGCAGCUCUGUUUUUCCAUGUUUACUGCACAAUGCCCUUCCCAUGUGGCUUGCAUAAACCCACCGGAGUUUGUGCUGAGUAUUUCAUUUACUAGUUGCUAUUUUGAGAGUGUUCUUUUCACAUACAUUUGUUUUGCUCGCUUUCAGUGCGUGAACUCUGUCCCUUUGCAGGUCACAAUUUGUCUGGUUUGUUUUGAAAGGUUUGAGUAAGGGUCAAGUGAGGCUUCAGCUUGCAUUCAGUUGUUGAGUACUCGCUCUGGACCCUCGAGUCAACCCUGGGUGCCAAAGGAUGUGUGUGUUUUUGCCUUGUGAGGCAGCUGUUGUAGCUGCCGUUCCUGUGUGCCAUGAUGAAGGAACAAAACUGAGAUAACCUAUCACAUUUGAAGUGACUAUCAAUUUUAUUUGAUGGCCCGUACAAAGGCCUUAGCUUGCAGUCAAGUGCCACAGGUGCAUCGGCCAGAAAGCUGGUAUAUCGAAGUCAUUUACUGGCAUACCCACAACUUAGUGUUCAUGUUGUGUGUGCUUUCUUUUUUUUUUUGUUGUCACAUUUGUUUUUUCACUCAAGUGUGCUUUAUUGUUGUUUUGUACGAACUUGUGAACAGCAUUAUUUUCCUAUAUCUAGCAUGGACGCUUGAUAGGGAUGCCACCUGUAGUCCCUUGGCUGUGAUAAGCUUUUAGUGAAUAAAGUGUCGUAAUUUA